AUGGAGUUUCUGGCUGCGAUUAGAGAACUCAAGGCCCUCCCGGAAGCCACCCACCUCUUCUGCCCCCGGAAAGACGACGAUGACCAUGGACGCUAUGAAGACUUAGAGCAAGUGGAUGAAGCGGGGAAGGCUAUCAAGGAUAUUGUGACCGAAGCAACGGCUCGAAGAGAGAGUUUUCUGUCGUCCAUGCGCAUCCUGGCAUACCAUAAGGAUGGCGUAGAGGACGAUCAGAACUGGGUCCUGGGCAAACUAGACGAGUCGCUGGAGAAAUGUGAUCUAUGCAUCAAGCAUUAUUACAUCGGCAAGAUCUGGCUCAUGGACCUGCUAAAGGAGGAGAACUACCACGAAGAUGAUAUUGAGGCAUUCGCCCAGAGAAUCGACGAGUGGGACAUUCGGCGAAUCACUCGCAACUUGACAACCGCCACAACACAGUUGAAGCAAAUCCCAUUGGAAAAAAUUGGCUUGGAUGUCUUGGACAGGGCUGCGUUGCUGUCAAUCUUUGAGACACUAAGCUGUGAAGCCAUGCUGCGCAACGAAAGCCUCUUGCAGGAAUAUUUCGAUGAGCCAUUCAAGCUCAUUCAAACAAAACGAAGCUUAAAAGUUUCAGAUUACAUUCCUGCAGUCUCUCGCUUUCUUUUCGAUGCUAAUCAAUUCCGAAGCUUUUGGGCUAUUCAGUCAUGGACACGAUACGCGCGGCCUCCUACUACUCAAGAAUUUGAAUGGGCAGUACGCGAUGGUUUGUUGAUGGGCCUACGAGCUGCGUCACAACAGCCACCGCAAUUUGCAGUCAUUCAGAGGUUGUGGCGAGGCAUGCAGCUCGUCGUCCGAAAGCUGGACAAAGAACAGAUUACACAUCAGCUUCGAGGGUUGGAAAUAGACCCUUGCCGUCUCUCUGUGGAUCAUCUGGCCAUACCUGCACCGGGCUUGCGAUUUCUUCUCAACACCAUCCAACUAUUCCUUCAGAAAGCUCCGGUUGACUUCUGGGAUGCUAUGCAAACCAUUUCCCCUCGAGCAAUCAUGGAGCAAACAUUUUACAACACACAAUUUAAUGCAUUUCUAUUAGGAACCUCCGAGGGUGAGCCUUUUGAGAAGUCCGCAUUGAAAGAUAUGCUCUCCUGGAUCAAUCCCUUCCUCGGCUCACUGAAGGGUGCCCACCAACCGUCUGCCUGUCGGUUCUUGACAUUGCAGUUACUUAACCGCCUUCAAGAUACCCAAUAUCCUAAUUUAACACGGUAUCACUGCUUCGAUAUUGGCUUGGCCAGCCUGCUUCAAACACUACGCCGCUUCACGGAAAAUGAGUCUUCCCGGGGUACAGUUACUCGGAUCGUGUUGGCAGAGACAAUGGGAGUGGUUGGUGACACAAUCGGCGUAAUCAUCAACCCCCCGACUUUUGACGUUGAGAGAAGUCGCCAGGAGAAUAUUCUCACGCAGUGCAUGGAAGUUGUACGCAACACCUUGGCAUUGGAGUGUCAGUCACUGAAGACCGAUUAUGAGGCACUUCUGAAGGACGGUACCCUCGCACACGGGGUAUCUACCUACUCUGCACCCAUAUGGGAUGCCGUCAUUAAGCACCUUCACCGGGAUAACCUCCCGCUCUCAAGUUCAGCCCUCCUUGGAAUCUUACCCCUGGUUGGGUUGGAGAUGUUUCCCACGAAAGGAGAAGGGAACAAGGAGAAGACCCACUUCAACAUGAUUUAUGGCCAUCUAACCAACCUCUCAUGUCGAAUCAUCGGGCGUCUCGCAGACUUUCCACCUGAGCACCUUGAGACGUUGUUCCGAAGUCAGGAUACUAGUAGCGCUGUGAUUUCGGCUCUGUUUGCCGCCGACUAUGACACCUACACAGCUGCGGUUGAUCUGAUUAAGGCUGUCAGCGGCCAAUCGGCUCGACGAGACGCCAUUUCUCACCUCCUUCAAUCUUCGUUCACGACCACGAUCUACGGCCUCAGUUGGUCAUUCCGUCGAAUCUCUAACAUGAAGACUUUUGCGCCCGCCCCAAGAAUGCUUUACACAGGUACAGACAUCGUAGAGAUAUUAUGUGACAGUCAAACCGGUAUGCUGCGAACUCGUAAUCUCGCUGAUCGCCGGGAGGUCAUGUCGCUGCAGAAACUCUGGGAGUAUCUGUGGCUGGCAUUGACUACGAUCUUCGAUGAGACUGAGGCAUGGCACCUUCGGGGUAAUGAUAAGGCUGUCAUGCUUGAAUUUUGCCGUGACACGAUCCAGUUCGCCGACCUUCUCUUUGAUCAGUAUGGUGUGUUCUUGGGAGCUGUAGGGAAUGCGGAUCCGGGGCAGACCUCUGCAUCCGAGAAUUUCCUCAAGUCACCAACUGCCACAAUGAGUGCCAUGGUAAAAUGGCUUAGGUUGAAGGAUGAGUUCCUGGCAACUACUCUCGUAGGGUUGGUGGCAAAGCUUUUACGCAGGUUGGGUGGGAUGAAUGUGACCACUGUGAAGCCAGAUGCAUUGAGCUUUAUCGAGGGGGUUGCUGUCAAUGGCACAAUCAAAACAAUACUCAACCAACGUGAAAAGGCAGAAUUAGUCCGCUCAUUGGAGGCUUACUAUAAGAAACCCGUCGUCACUGCCUCAACUGCUUCUCUCAAGAAACAGUCUUCGAUCACCGCUUUUGCCAAACCCUCUGAUAUCUCGAGCACCUCCUCUCGUAUAGCCAGUGAUGAUGACUUUGAUGAUGAUACUUUGAACGACCAAACUCUUCUUGAACUGUCUUCUUCUGUCGAAUUCAACAAAGCCCGCCUCGCAACCCAGGCCAAACGGGAGGCUGAAAAGGCUGCCAAAAUGCGAUCCUCAACAACAGCUGUCAAGAAUCGUCCGGAGAUUUUCCGUCCGAACAUGUUCCCCAAGUCAGCUCCCCCUGUACGAACCAACGAUAACACCAGCCACGUCCUAUCUUUCCGUGAGAAACGCGAACGGGAAAGGGAGGCCAAGAAGAAGCGUGAUCAGCUUGAGCUCGCCAGACUCAAGAAGAACAUGCCCGCCUAUGGCGUUGGGGAGCAAACAGCUGAACAGGGCUCAGGCCUGAAAGGUAUUGGUAUCAAGGGUAAAGAUCAUACAACCCCCGCAGAUAGCAUGAUGGUCUCCUCUGGUGAUGAGUCUGGUUCUGAGAGUGAAGAUGAAUUAGACAAGGAACUCUUUGGUGCCAAACCGAAGAAACCCGAUGCUGUCGCGGCCUACGAAUUGAGCAAGAAACAAUCCCUUCAACAACAACCCGUCAAAAAAGUCAAGCGUCAUCGGUCUGUCCGGGACAUGCGAGCUCGCCUGGCUCCAGAUCUGGGCUCUCUUCAUCACUCAAUCCUCUCCUGGGACUUUUUCGCAACCGGCGAUCUUCCUCCUACCUCGGACCGCACCGAUUAUUCCCUGGUCUCAAACACGUUCCGCACACCCGAUGACUACCAAAGUACAUUCGAACCUUUGUUGAUUCUUGAGGCGUGGCAAGGUUUCCAACAGGCGAAGGACGAAGGUUCUUUCCGACCCUUCGAAGUCAAAGUCAUGACCCGAUUGGCUGUCGACUCGUGGAUCGAAUUCAGCACCCAGCCGCUUGGUCUUCUUCCCAAGGACUUCAGCAUGGGCGAAGGUGACUUGGUCUUGUUCUCCAACUCGCCCAACCUCACAAGCGACCCGAGUACGCCCCAUGUUCUCGCACGUGUAUGUGGUGUCAAUCGGAAAAACAAAAAGAUGGAGGUCACAUAUCGGGUCAAUCCUGGGAGUAGCAAGUUCCUGUCUUCUUUUGGGCCGGGAACUGAGGCCUGGGGUGCUAAGAUCACUUCUUUGACCCCGGUGGAGCGUGAAUACGGUGCCCUGAUGGCGUUGCAGUACUAUGAUCUGUGUGAAGAGAUCGUCUUGGCUAAGCCUUCCCCUCUUCUUACUUAUUCGGACACAAGACUGCAGCCCAUCAUGGAUAAUUACUCCAUCAAUCGUGCCCAGGCAAAAGCCAUCAAGUCAGCUGUUGACAACGACGCAUUUACUCUCAUCCAAGGUCCUCCUGGUUCGGGAAAGACCAAAACCAUCGUCGCCCUUGUCGGAAGCCUCCUAAGCGACGUGCUUGGAAAACAGGUGGUCAAAGUUAAUGGUGCUCCUGCUGCAAGAAAUGCCGUCUCAAAGAAACUUCUCCUGUGUGCGCCUAGUAACGCCGCUGUCGACGAGUUAGUCAUGCGAUUAAAGGACGGUGUGAAGACGACUCAUGGCCGGCAAGAAAAAGUCUCUGUCCUUCGUCUAGGAAGAAGCGACGCAAUCAACACCAAGGUGUUGGAUGUUACCCUCGAUGAGAUGGUCAAUGCCCGUCUGAACCAGGAUCCCAGCAAAGGAAACGGUGUCGACUUGCAGAAGCUCUAUGAAGAGCAUAAGACGACUGAUGUGGUAUUCAAAGAGCUUCGUGGACAGCUUGAUGAAGCACGAGCAAAGGGAUUACCUCCUCCGGAAGAGCUGGAGCGCGAGUUUGACUUGAUGAAAAAGAAGCGAUCUCAACUGAGCACGUCCAUUGAUAAAGCGCGUGAUCAGAACCAUACGCUGGCCCGUAAUGCUGAUAUGCAUAAACGGCGGAUCCAAGAACAAAUCAUCAACGAAUCUCAUGUCAUCUGCACUACUCUCAGUGGUUCUGGGCAUGAAAUUUUCCAGGGUAUGAAUGUCGAGUUUGAAACCGUCAUCAUCGAUGAAGCGGCGCAGUGUAUUGAACUCAGUGCUCUGAUCCCGCUGAAGUACGGGUGCUCGAAAUGUGUUCUUGUGGGUGAUCCCAAACAGUUGCCUCCAACCGUUCUAUCAAAAAUGGCCUCCAAGUUUCAGUAUGAACAGAGUUUGUUCGUCCGUAUGCAGAAGAAUCACCCUCAAGACGUGCACCUGCUGGAUAUCCAGUACCGUAUGCAUCCAGCGAUCAGUAAUUUCCCCAGUGUGACGUUCUAUGAUGGCAAGUUGCAGGAUGGACCGGACAUGGCUAAGCUUCGCGAGCGUCCCUGGCAUCAAAGCGAGCUUCUGAGUCCGUACCGAUUUUUCGAUGUUCAGGGCAUGCACUCAUCUGCCGCUAGAGGCCAUUCUUUGGUCAAUUACGCGGAGUUACAAGUGGCCAUGCAACUGUAUGAUCGUUUGAUCACAGAUGUCAAAGAAUACGACUUUGCCGGCAAGAUUGGCAUCAUCACUCCUUACAAGGGCCAACUGAGAGAGCUCAAGAACCAGUUUACCCAACGAUAUGGCGAAGACAUUCUGAAGAAGGUUGAUUUCAAUACGACUGAUGCUUUCCAAGGCAGAGAAAGUGAAGUCAUUAUCUUCUCAUGUGUGCGAGCAUCCAACAAGGGUAUCGGUUUCUUGGCUGAUAUCCGCCGUAUGAACGUCGGCCUCACCCGUGCCAAGUCAUCACUUUGGGUUCUGGGUAACUCGCAGUCCCUAGAACAGGGCCAGUUUUGGAAUGGUCUCAUCAAGAAUGCGCGGGAGCGGAAUGUCUACACGGAGGGUGAUAUUAUGAAGAUCCUACAGAAGCCGCAGUUCACUGGCUACAAAGAAAUUAAAAUGGUCGACCUUGACACCGAGGAAACCCCAGACUCUCCCGACUAUGAACCCCCUGCACCAUCAAUCUCUCGCCCUUCAUCGGCCUCUAUUGGCCUUGACUCGCGCUCCGUCUCUGUCUCUACCCCUACGCACGGCACACCUCCAAUUCCACGACCUGAUGGACCUUCUGGGGGAAGCAAGGGCCUAGACCCGACGAAAAUGUGUGGGAUCUGUGGAAGCGCGGACCACUUCACUCACAACUGCGACAAUGACGAGGCGAAGGAAAAUGCUCGAGGAACCUGUUUCCGCUGCGGCCAGCCUGGUCACACCAAGGUUGCCUGCCGUGCUGAACGAUGCCUUGCAUGCGGCGAAUGUGGGCAUUUAUCCAACAACUGCAAGUCCUCAAAAGUUCUUUCAAAGUUUGAGAAAUCUCGCCUUGAGAGGGACGAGUUUAACCUCAAGCAACGUCAAGAUUCAUUCACUGAGCGUCAGCGACAGCGGCAACUGGGAGGACACGACCCCAAAAUCCCGGUUGUUCAAGCCACAAAUUCAAACCCGCCAACGAACCCUGUUGAUAAUUCUGCGAAGAGAAAACGUGAAGGCUCUGCCUCUAAUGGACCACAAGCGCAACGUCCUCGUACCGGGCAGACACAUCCCCCAAUCAAUACUCCAAGGGGCCCCUUGGGUAGUUCCGAUCCCGGUCUAUCUGGCCCUGUUGCUCGUGGUUCGAAUGUCUCAAGAGUCGGUGGCCACCCAGGUCUUUCUGGUCCCCCUCGCGCCAACCCAGUGGCCAAUGCUCGCAAUGGUUACAAGGGCCCGCCAACCAACGGCCCACCAGGAGGUCUCAUCACCCCUUCUCGCGAUGGCCAGGCGUAUCCGACCGAAAAUGACCCGACAAGGGCUCCACCGACGAGACCAGGAGCAGGUGCUCCCAACAAAGGUGCUCCUAAGCCUCGACCCCCGAUGGCACGCAAAAAGAAGGAGACAGACCCUUUCAUCCGGCCCAAGCCGAAGCGCAAGUAA